AUGGCCCUUGGUCUACGUCGAGGUGCAGCCGAUAGCGAGACAGUCAACGAUGCUUUACGGAGGUUAUCAACUCCUAGUCCCGUGUUCGACCAUGUGAACUUCCGGCUGCAGUCAACGAGUCUGAACGGAUCUGUGCUCCGGACACUAAACACACCUUGGAACUCUGGUCCAGAAGAUCAGGAAAAAGAAGCUUUGUGGAACGACCUCCAACACAUCCGGGCAAUUCCACUCACGGGAGAACAAGUCAAAAACAUGGGCAAAGACCCCGCCAAAUGCGCAAAGCUGGAGGACUCUGUCUUCCGCAAGGGGAAUGAUCUAUAUAUUGGCGGACUCGACAUCUUCCACCAAGCGCACUGCCUAAAUCGCCUUCGAAAAGCGGCUCUGGACGGCACAGCAAAUGUCGGAAGCGCAAGAGAACAUACUCUCCACUGUGUUGACAUGCUUAUGCAACACCUGCUAUGUACCGCAGACACAGGCUUCUACACCUACAACUGGUAUGCCGAUAUGAAGUGGCCACAGCCCGACUUUAGCGUGCAGCGGCAGUGCAAGGACUGGCGGCAACUGGUUGAAUAUCGCGAUGCGUACGCGGUAGAUCAGGGGUUGUUUGAGGCUUACGAAAAGCCGAGGGGCGUUUACGAGAAUCAGAGAGGCGAUAUUUGA